UUGUACUUUAUUUGCAGAGAUGGGGUUUCAUGUUGCCCAGACUGGUCUCGAAUUCCUGGGCUCAAACGAUCCGCCCGCCUCAGCCUCCCAAAGUGAUAGGAUUGCAGGCGUGACAUGUCACUGCGCCCGACCAAGGCGCUUAGCUUUCUGUUGUUUUCACAACCACUUUCCUACCACUAUCUACUGUUCCUAUUUUACAAAUGACAAAACUAACCGACAAAAGAGCACUGGACCGUGGGACCAGAGCACGUCCCUGUGGGGUAACCUUGAGCUGGUCGCUUGCCCAGGGUGGCAGCAGAUGUCUGAAGCGUCUUCCAGUCCCAACACUCGACCUAACUCAGGGUCACCAGUGCUCAGCUGCGGCUGGAACUGGGUCUCGAAACUUGAAGGCCUUCUCUGCUACAGCCUUCGCUCCCGGGGGCAGAAAGAGGAAGUUUCUUAGCCGUGGGCACACCGGCGCCUUCGCAGAGGACCAGGGCUUGAGGUCCUGCCCGGAUGCUCAAGUUCCGACCUGAAAUGAACUACGCGGUCCGGGAGGGGUCGCCUUGCUCCUCCGGAAGGCUUCCCCUUCAGCCAAUCACCGUUCGCGGCUCGACCCCGUCGCCGGAAGGAGCCGUCGCCCCGAGCAACUACAACGUCCGGCUUUCUGAGUUGGGUGGCGGGAAAGGCGAUGAGUAAAGGCCGGGCAGAAGCUGCGGCGGGAGCCGCCGGGAUCCUCCUGAGGUACCUGCAGGAGCAGAACCGGCCCUACAGCGCCCAGGAUGUGUUCGGGAACCUGCAGCGGGAACACGGACUGGGCAAGGCGCUGGUGGUGAAGACGCUGGAGCAGCUGGCGCAACAAGGCAAGAUCAAAGAGAAGAUGUACGGCAAGCAGAAGAUAUAUUUUGCGGAUCAGGACCAGUUUGACAUGGUGAGUGAUGCUGACCUUCAAGGCCUAGAUGGCAAAAUCGUGGCCCUCACUGCUAAGGUGCAGAGCUUGCAGCAGAGCUGCCGCUACAUGGAGGCUGAGCUCAAGGAAUUAUCUAGUGCCCUGACCACACCAGAGAUGCAGAAAGAAAUCCAGGAGUUAAAGAAGGAAUGCGCUGGCUACAGAGAGAGAUUGAAGAACAUUAAAGCAGCUACCAAUCAUGUGACUCCAGAAGAGAAAGAGCAGGUAUACAGAGAGAGGCAGAAGUACUGUAAGGAGUGGAGGAAGAGGAAGAGGAUGGCUACAGAGCUGUCUGAUGCAAUACUUGAAGGAUACCCCAAGAGCAAGAAGCAGUUCUUUGAGGAGGUUGGGAUAGAGACGGAUGAAGAUUAUAACGUCACACUCCCAGACCCCUGAGGGGCCCACGGUCGGGACUGGUGGGGACUGCAGGAUAUCAGAAGAGUGAGAUGUCUUGGACUGGCUACCUUGUUUUUGGUUGGCUUUUGUUGUUAUUCCUGCUACUUUUCACCUUUAAGCAGAGCAGUCAGGAGACAGGCAUAAACCAGAGCACUGGGUGGAGGAUGAGGGCUGCUGGCUGGGGGUAGACCCAGCCCAUUUCAUUGUCUAAAUUGCAGCAGCUUGAGGUUAACAUUUAGAUUUGGAACAGUGCUAAAGGAAAGCAUUUGGCAAUAUUUAUUAUAAUUUAAUUUGAUAUAAAAAUAUUUAAUUUCCUCUGGAUAGUCAAACCUGCCAGAUACCAAACCUGAGGAAGGCAGAAGUGAACUUGGAGAACUAGGGUAGAGAGAGGUUUCUAUAAAACGAGCAUUUGGAGGGCCCACAGCUUCACUCAGGACCUGCUGGGCUUGUAUACCCCAGGAGCCCUUUUGAGUAUCUUUUGUAUGCUUUUCACCCCACCCCCCAAGUCCUGGGAGAAAUGCAGGCAACACUGAGACAUGGGAGAGGCCAAGAUAUGCUUGACAGAAAGGGUGAUUUUGAGGCCCAGUUACUAUUUCAAAAUUGUAACCGUAGCAAAACUGCAUUGGUAUUUAGAAAAAUAAAAAAUUCCAAUAUGUA